GCGCUGCGGAGCUCCAGCCAGCCCUGGGAUUGACCCCUCUCUGAUCUCUGCAUUUACCAAAGGAAUUUACGUACAAUCAGCUAAUGCUUUUCCCCCACUAUUCUAAAAGGGCAUUAGCAUUUCUCUUAGGAACAAACAUAUCUGAAUUGAGCAAUUUCACAUCUGAUAAUCUUUUAGCAACUCACACAUAAAAAGCUUCAGUUUAUAUAUUUUGGUGUGGAAAAUGAUCUUUCUUCUUCCUCAUUAUGCCUACAUGAAAAGGGGCUGAUUUGCUUUAAAAGUUGUUGAUAUGGAGUACGGGAUAUUUCAGCCUCAUGGACAGUCUAGUGCAAUGAGCUCUGGAUAUUUUAAGCACAAUAGAAAUCCUCACAACCUUUGCAGAACUUUGUCACCUUGCUAGUGCAGCCUCUCCAACACUGUAAGAGGUGUGUAAAUAGGGUGUGUUUGACAGAAGCAGGAUAAAAAUAAUAGGGCUUAAUGCAAAUGAUCCAGGAGGAGAAACUCAGUGAAGGUCAGGACUAAUUCACAGAUGACAAAUGAGAGACUAGUUCACUGUGACUCCUGUUCUAUAAACUGUCUCCCAGAAAAUUUUAAAAUUUUGUCACAGCUGCUACUAAUAUAAUAAUAAUAAUCUCCUAAAGCAUUUUUUCUUCCCAUCAGGACUCUGCAAUUUAUAAUGAAAAUAUUCUCGUUACCACAGGUAACUACAAAAAUAAAGGCCAUAAGCACUUUUUACGUUUCACUGACAUUGCUUCAUGACAGCUUAACUCAGGCUUCCACUGCAUUUCUUUACAACUGCCACUUGUUUUCUUUGCAGAUCAAGGACAUUGAAGUCCUCAACUGUGAAUAUGGCAAGAACACAAUUAAGUUCCUUCGCCUUCACAGAGAGGGAAAGAAGCAUUUUGUUAAAGAAGUGGAAGUGUGUGCGCAUCUCCGGCUGACUUCUGCCCAGGAGUACCUGGAAGGAAACAAUUCUCUUGUCAUACCUACGGACACCAUAAAGAAUAUUGUCCUUGUGUUGGCCAAAAAAAAUGGGAUCCCAAGUUUAGAACAAUUUGCUAUAGAUAUCUGCAAUCACUUCAUGACAACAUUUUGCCAAGUGGCGUACGUCAAAACCUACGUUCAAGAGGUACCAUGGCAACGUCUGUAUGAGGAUGGCGUUCCCCACAUCCACUCAUUCAUUUGUGUUCCUGAUGGGAUCCGCUUUUGUGAAGCUGAGCAGUGCCGGAAUGGUCCUCUGGUUGUCUUUGCUGGAAUUAAGGACCUGAAACUUAUGAAGACAACGCAGUCUGGAUUUGAAGGCUUCUAUAAGAAUGAACACACCACACUUCCUGAAAGGCAUGACAGGAUUCUGUGUGGAGAGCUCUUCUGCAAAUGGUCAUACGGCGAAUGCAAGGAUUUUGACUUUAACUGCAUAUGGAAGAAAAUCCGUGAAUGUAUCCUUGAAGCCUUUGCCGGACCACCUGACUGUGGGGAAUAUUCACCCUCUUACCAGAAAACUGUCAACUCUAUCCAGAUGCUUGUCCUUUCCAGAGUGUCACAGGUACAGGUCAUAGAAGCCGUCUUGAACAACACUUUUUAUAAUGUUGUAGACAUGAAAAAUCUAGGCUUGGAGAAUGACAAAGAAGUUUUGGUUCCAGUGGAAGCUCCUUAUGGCUCCUGUGCUUGCACACUUGGCCGGAAGAAGUUUUUUGAAGCACAAGGCCAGAUGAUGAGAGAUGAGAGAAAAUGCCAGUUUGGACUGGCAGCUGCCCAGGGAAUCUAAACCUCUUGGCUAUACUCAACCUUCCUUAAUAGCAUGGCUUUCCUAUCAGUGUUUACUCCUUAUUGGCCUCUUCCAUUGCCAACUACUUUUCCCUCUAUGAACUCCUGAACAUGGGACAUAUGAAGGAUCCACAGGAAAUUUGAAAUCAAAGUCUGUUUCUAAAUUCCAGUGUGGUUUGCACUAAGCUCUUUGGAAAAUCCCAACUGGAAACAUUACAGUAAGUUAAUUUUAAACUAGCUAUUCCCAGACCUUUUAAUGAAACAAUUAAUUUGAUGUCUGUAACAUGUUUUUGACAUGUAAAAGCAGGAAAUCUCUAUAUUCUCUUUAUUAAUAUUUCUUCAGUAAAACGGCUAUACAGACAUGAGACCUGCUGUUUCAUUGGCAUAACCUGUCAUGACCCCUUGAUGCCACACUGAUCUACAGAGCUGAGGUUCUGACCCAGUGACUGAACAGGACAUCAGUCAGAAUCAGGAUUUCUCUGUGCAGGAAAUGAGAAACAGAAAGAAAAAAAAAACAAACCUCUCUCAUAUCUCCUUUGUGGUGUGAAUAAUUACAGCUGUUGACUACUUUCUCUGCAUGUAUUCUGACUGCAUGACUGCUGCUGCUACUCAUCAGACUAUAGUUACUAUAGUACUUUUACAUUAAUCACUGAGGUGAUUUGAGGUUUGGGCUAUCUCUGUAGGUUUAAUUAAAUAGUUUUCUUUAGUCUAAUAAUCUUAUCAUGAUUUCUGAGCAGGCAGGUGUCAACCUACAUAGCCCUAUUAUAUUUGGGAGGGGUAGAGAGAGAACUAGACAGACAGAUAAUGCAUAUUUUACUUUAGUUACCCCAGGUGAUAGUUUUCAACAUUGAGAUAAAACAAUACAGUAAAUGAUUCUCAUCUCACAAACUGUGGCUACCACAUUUGCAACAGGAAUCCUGUUCAGCUUUCAACAGCUUCUAACCCUUGCUCUCAUUUUCUCAGACUCUAUUUGACAGAGUACAAAUCAAAUGGCAGGUGCCCAAAAUAACUUCUAAAAACUGCAGUUAAAUUGCCUUUGUGCCUCCUGAGUUUGGCAGACAUGCAGCAUUGCUCUAGGUACAAUCAUUAAAUUCAUAGGCACCAAAAAUGGGAGAGAUGUCCUGCUCUGUGACAUUUUGAGGUGUUUGGCGAGAUAGAAACUCGCCUUGAUGAGCGGGGCAUCACAGAUGCCAGAGAAGAACUGUCCACCAGCCUGAGCUAUCUCCUGAGCAACAGGAACAUUGACACCAUGGAGUGAAGCUGUCCCAGCUAUCAUGUUCUCUGGUCACCAGCCAAUUCUGAAAGCUUAUCUGCAGCACUUCUAGCUUUUCCUGGGGACAUUCUCACUUACCUUCUUAGAUUGUUUUGCAUUGUACUUGCGGGCUUAUGUCUUGCUACUUCUGUCACUUCUAGGUGCUUUUAAUUUAUUAUUGUAUCUUUUAAAGGCGAAUAAAGAGCAACAUGAAAAAACUAGCUUUUGACUAUUUACUACUUAUAUAUAAACAUAAACAUUGUAAGUAAAAUAACUACUUUAAUUCAUCCAAUUUCACCUCAAAAAGUGACCGAUUUUCUUACAAAUGGCACUUCACUACCAAGAGAUGAAAAAGAAUCUUACUGAACAUUUCAGCAUUUAUCUCUGUCUGAAACGAGGCAGAUCCGAACAACCAACUUCCUUUCUACCUUAUAAGAAAUUUAUUGCAUUAGGCACAAGGUUUGCUUUAUUACUCUUUGUGUUUCAUUUGUGGCCUUGCAAGGUAGUGGUGGACUAACCUCCAUGGCAGAAUGAGGACACAAAGCAGUGAGCAGCU